AUGGACCAAGUAGCCUCUUUGACCCGGACAUUACCCGACACCUGCUACGUUAACAAACUUCAUCAUAUCAUUCAACCAAAAUUGAGGGGAUCUAUUCUUUGGAACCCACAUUUGCUUAGGUAUAACAUCAUGAACUUUGAUGCAGGAAUCUUCAACAACAUUCGGAGAACAUGGAUCAUCAACAUCUUUCUCCUUCUCUAUUUCUGGGGAUUUUUCAACCAUUUUUACUUGGGGAUCUUCAUCUGAAGUUGGAGCAUUUUUAACAACUUCUUCUUUCUCUU